GGGAGAGAAAGGGAAGAAGCCCUCUUUUGGUGCCGUGGGCGGCGCGGGGCGCGAUCGAUCGAUCCCGGCUGCUGGCUGGUCAGCUUGAUCCGGCGCCGGGGAGCCGCGUUUCGUGUGCAUCGGCGCGUUGAAUCUGGUGGUAAGUGGUGGCUGGAGGAGAGCAUUUGGUGAGAAGAUCGGUUAGGGUUUAGAGAUCGGGGCGUAGGAUCGCAGGAUUUAGGCGCUGCUGCUGGAAAUCCAGGCCGCGACUCUCUCUUUUCUCCUUUUUUCCUUUCUUCUUCUGGCGGACAGUGCAUGGGGUACUAGGUGAUGAUCUUACUAAGAGGCUAUUGCAUGGGUGAAGGAUGCCAGAGCUCCGUAGAGGAGCACGCCAAGGCGGCAACAACAAGAGCAACAAUGCUACUGACGGUGGCGGCGACGCUGGCAGUCCUUCCGGCCGGAGGGCUUCCCUGAGGAAAUCAGCUACGCCGCUCUCGGUUAGAACAAGGGCCGCCACUGCCAAGGCCGCGGCAUUGGGCGUGAGGGAUUUAAACUUGGAUGAAAGGGAAGGCCAGGCAGCUUUAGGAGCUCCUACUACGCAAGCUAGAGCUUAUAACAGGCGCAGGGCGAAAGAGAAAGUGGUCGAGGCGGCUCCUCCACCUCCUCCUGUGGUUGCAGCUCCUUCUCCAGACUUCAACGUAGAGCGCGGGGUGGAAGAAGAGUUGCGAGCUCCAAUGGAUGAGGAAAGCGCUGGGAGGAGUGCUGCUGCUAGAGGUGGCGUUGCGGACGACGAGGUUCCAACAGCGCCACUGCCGGAGAAUAUACAAGUUGGUGGUUCUCCGGUCUAUAGGACGGAUAGGAAGCUGGGGAAAGGAGGCUUUGGUCAAGUUUACGUGGGUCGGAAGUUGGGGCCUGGUGAUCUAACCGGUCCAAAUGCUGUAGAGGUUGCUCUCAAGUUCGAGCAUAGGAGCAGCAAAGGUUGCAACUACGGGCCUCCUUACGAAUGGCAGGUUUACGACAACCUUGGAGGAAAACACGGGAUACCAAAGGUGCACUUCAAAGGUCGCCAGGGUGAUUACUUUAUAAUGGUAAUGGACAUGCUUGGGCCUAGCCUUUGGGACAUUUGGAACUCCACCGGUCAAACCAUGUCCAACAACAUGGUGGCUUGCAUUGCUGUCGAAGCAAUAGCUAUUCUGGAGAAAAUGCACGAGCAGGGAUAUGUUCACGGAGAUGUGAAACCGGAAAAUUUUCUCCUUGGUAGACCGGGUUCUCCAGAUGAAAAGAAACUCUACCUCGUGGAUCUUGGCCUAGCUACAAAAUGGCUUGACGGUACUACGGGGUCUCACGUAGACUAUGAUCAGAGGCCUGAUGUUUUCAGGGGAACUGUUCGGUACGCAAGUGUCCAUGCGCACCUGGGUAGAACCGGUAGUAGAAGGGACGAUCUGGAAUCUCUUGCCUACACGCUGAUAUUCUUACUACGGGGUCGUCUUCCUUGGCAAGGUUACCAGGGUGAUAACAAAGGCUUCUUGGUCUGCAAGAAGAAGAUGGCAACAUCACCAGAGUCAUUAUGUUGUUUCUGUCCGGCUCCCUUCAAGGAAUUUCUUGAAGCCGUUGUCAGUAUGAAGUUCAACGAGGAGCCGAACUAUGCAAAGCUGAUUUUGCUUUUUGACAGCAUAUUGGGCCUGCCUGCCCAACGGCCGAUCAACACCGAAUGUGCAACGAAGGUCGGUCAUAAACGCGGAAGGCUGGCGGACUUUUCUGACGACGAGGAUCGUGCCAAGAAGAAAGUUCGUCUGGGCAUGCCAGCAAUGCAGUGGAUAUCAGUCUACAAUGCUCACAAGCCGAUGAAGCAAAGAUACCACUACAACGUAGCCGACACACGCCUUGCACAGCAUGUUGAAAAAGGCAACCAAGACGGGUUGUUCAUCAGCAGCGUUGCCUCUUCGACGAACCUCUGGGCGCUGAUAAUGGACGCCGGAACUGGAUUCGGUUCGCAAGUCUACGAGCUAUCGCAAGUGUUUUUCCACAAGGAAUGGAUCAUGGAGCAGUGGGAGAAGAACUACUACAUCAGCGCAAUCGCCGGUGCCAACAACGGUAGCUCGCUGGUGGUGAUGUCCAAGGGAACGUCCUACACGCAGCAAUCUUACAAGGUCAGCGACGCGUUUCCCUUCAAGUGGAUCAACAAGAAGUGGAAGGAGGGAUUCUACGUGACGUCCAUGGCAACGGCAGGCAACCGCUGGGGCGUGGUGAUGUCGAGAAACGCGGGGUUCACAGAGCAAGUGGUGGAGCUCGACUUUCUCUACCCGAGCGAAGGCAUCCACUGGAGAUGGGACCACGGGUUUCGUAUAACAUCCGCGGCCGCGACAUGGGACCAGGCCGCAUUCGUGUUGAGCGUUCCAAGGAAGAAACCAUCGGAUGAGACGCAAGAAACGCUGCGAACAUCGGCUUUCCCGAGCAGCCACGUAAAGGAUAAGUGGGCUAAGAAUCUCUAUAUAGCAGCUGUUUGUUACGGACGAACAGUGUCAUGAGCCAUGUAAUAUCAAGGAGACAAAAACAAAUAAUUUGGGUCUAUGGCUGCUUGAUGAGGCCCUUGGAGAAGGACUUAAAUAGUUCUCUCUCUUAAGUCUUUUAACUUUGGAAGAAAUCACUGGACGCGAGUUUUGCGAGGUUU